CUUGGAUGCAGCUGCUUGGCCAUGGAAACCCAUUCCUUGAAGCUCUCUAAGCACUGUUGUUGUGUUUGUCCAAAGGUCACAUGAAGUUUGGAGGUCUUUAGCUAUUGACUCUGCAGACAGUUGGCGACUUCUGCGCACUGUGCGCUUCAGCAUGUGCUGACCCCGCUCUGUCAUUUUACAUGGCCUAUCACUUCGUGGCUGAGUUGCUGUUUGUUCCCAGUUGCUUCCACUUUGUUAUAAUACCACUAACAGUUGGCCGUGGAAUAUUUAGCAGCAAGGAAAUUUCACGGAUAGACUUUUUGCCCAUUCUAUCAGAAAUGUUUGUAGAAGCAGUCUGC